AUGCUCCUCGCGUAUUCUCUCCGCCGUCCCUUCCGCCAUUCGCGCCUCCUACCGCGCGCUCUUCCUUUCCCUCCGCCGCUCACUCCCCAUUCCCCUCCGUCGCCGCGUCCCCUGCUCCGCUCCCCGCUCUGCCCCUCCCUCCGCUGUUUACACUCGCGUGAGCUUUGGAGUCGACUCAAUAAUCGGCCUGAGCUAGCGACCUCUCCCCGACGGUGCUUGCCAGAGGAGCGACCUCUCCCCGACGGGUGGGCUGAGCGAGCCACCUCUCUCAGGCGAUUCCGCCUCCCUGUCGCCCUCGCGUGCCUCUUUCAGCCGUUUCUCGCAAUCGGGGCUUUAAACGGCGUUACGGCUGUUGGGACGCCGCAUGGUGUGACUGUAACGGAUGUUGGCGGGCUGCGGCGGAGCAUGCGGAUGGGGAUUCAUGUACCUGCAGGGAUAAAGCCAGGUGUGACUGUAGUGAGUGCGAGAGGGAGUGCGAGAGGAGGGAUUGUAAGAAAAGGGAGAGGGAAGAAAGGGAGUGUGAAAGAAGGGAAUGUGAGAGAAGGGAAUGUGAUACAAGUGGGUGUGAGAGCGUGGAGAGCGGCAGAGGAAACGGUGAUAACAAAGAGGGUGACUGUAGGGAGAGUGGCAGUAUCAAGAAAAAACUCAACCGUAGAAGUAGUGGCAAAAGCAGAGGAAUCAGAAGCAGCAGCAGGGGCAGCGGCGGCAGCGGCGCGACCAAGACAACGGCGACGAGGGAAGCCAAAACACGACAAGGAGAAAGACCCCGGGGAGCCAGAGCAAGCUGCCGAGGAUGCUUAUAACGAGGACGGCCCGCAGCCAGUGGUGAUUCUGCUGGACUUUGAGACGACCGGGCAGGGCACCACGCAGAACCGCAUAGUGGAGCUGGCGCUGAGGGACGUGGCGGGGGGCCGGGGGGCAGCGCUGCACACGCUGGUGAACCCGUUCCCGCGGGUCAUUUCUGCCGACGCGGAGAGGGUUCAUGGAAUCAGCAUGCGCAUGGUCAACUGCCCCUCCGUUCCCCACUGGCGAGAAGCCGGGCGGCUGCUGGUGGACUUUGUGGAGGCCAGGCGGGCGGCGCAGGCAGAACAGGCAGCAGUCUCCGUACACAGCAGUGCUACCACUGGCGUCUACGUCAACACCGAGGGGGGUGCAGGGAUGCGCAUGGGGAUUAUGAGUACAGAGAUGAGUGCUGUCUCCUCUGCUGCCCCCCUGCUCCCUCCGGUGGUGCUCCUGGCGCAUAAUGGCUGGUCGUUUGACUUCCCUCUGCUGCGUAACGAGCUGCAGCGGGUGGGGAUUGCUGUGCCGCCCGGCUGGCACUCCCUCGACUCCAUGCGCCUCGUCCAAAGGCUCUUCAAAGACACGGAUCGCAAGCCAGCAAGCAAGGCGCUGGGAUUCCUCUUCUCAAAGCACUUCCGCUGCUCCACGCCCUUUGCCCACCCGGACCUGGCCCACCGAGCCAUGGCAGAUGUGGACAAACUGGCCGAGGUGCUGGCUGCUGUGAUGUGGGAGCGAGGGGUUACUCCCAACUAUACAGUACCAUCCCAGCCACAGCCAGGAGCAUCCCUAGGAGCGUCUUAA